AAUCAAGAGAUUAAAAAAAAUCAUUCAAUAGAAAAACUAUUACCAGUUGAUAAUAUUUUAUUUCCAUAUGAUAUAGAUUUUAAGAAACCUCACUUUUCAAGGUACAGCGUUUUUGAAGAUGAUAUAGCUGCUUUCAAAGAUGAAUCUUCGCCUAAUUUACUUUCAACAGCAGCUAGUAGUCUAAGCUCUUUAACCAUCGAUGAUGAUGAUUAUAAUUAUAAUAUAAAACCGAUUAAAGCUGGACUAGUUAAAUCUAAACCAAAUAUUAUAAAUUUAACGCAAAUGGAAAAAGUAACUGUACAAAAACAAUGGCGUAAAGAUCCAAUUGGUAGUGUGAUAGUUGAUAGUAAUCAAACUAAUCAAAAAGGGAUAAAUAAUUUCUCAACACAUUCUUUUAAUAAAUACGAAAACACUAAUGAGAAAUUGCAUACAUGUUCAUUUGAAAACUCAUGUGAAUGUCAGAUGGUGCAUAAAAAAAAAAUUAUUACGUCAGAGUGUAAUAUGAAAAGAUCUAAUUUUAAUAUAAUUACUAAUCGAUAUCCAAAGAAUGUUCAAAUUAUACAUAAUGAAGAAGAUGAUAGUACAGAGGGAACUGAUUUUAAAACUGAACUACAUAUCGAACACACAAGAACUAAUGUUAAGAAUAUUUGUCAAGAUAAUGAAAUAUUUGUAAACUAUGGUGAAGCUGAAUUAGAUGUUUGUAAUAAAUAUUUUAAUAGUAAUGGAUCUAAAGGAUAUGAUGUACGAGAGUGUUCACAUGAAAAUAGACUGUUGUACGAACCCUAUAGAUAUAACAGUAAACUUAAUUAUGCAACUGAUGAAACCAAGGAAUUUAUUGCUUAUGAAGAACAAUUACUUGAUCAUUGUAUUCGAAGAGGAAUGGCAAAAGUUACCAAACGAAAUAUAUGUGAUAUUAAACCAUUUUGUUGGGACAUAAAUCAAAUCUGCCUUACGACUAAAGCUAUGCUCAAAACCCACGACGAAAAUAUUAUAAAAGAAAGACAAGAAGACAGAGGUAAACAACACAUAUUACAAAGAGGAUUCAUAAGGCAUAUAGUAAAUUCAUAAACUAAAGAAUUCAAUAUAUAUUUUCUACAAGACUGUUUUGUCACAGUUC